CCCGCCCCUCCGGGCGUCUCGGCCAAUCAGCUAGCGCCCUGUUGGCCGAGCCGGGUUGCAUGCAGCGGAGACCAAGAUGGCGGCGCUCUGGAUGCAGGAGGGUAGCCCGGCGGGACCAGCUGGGAGGUUGUUCCUAGCCGCGUUGCUGUGCCUGGGCAGCCGCUGGCUCCCGACCGCCGAUGCCGAUGGCCAGGCGGAAAGCGGCGGCGCUGCUCCUGCGGCGCCUCACCGACGGUUCGAGUAUAAAUACAGUUUCAAGGGGCCGCACUUGGUGCAGGGGGACGGGUCGGUGCCCUUUUGGGUUCACACAGGCAAUGCUAUCCCCAGUGCUGAUCAAAUAAGAAUAACCCCAUCAUUAAAAAGCCAGAGGGGAUCAGUAUGGACAAAAAGCAAAUCUGUAUUUGAAUUUUGGGAGAUUGAAGUGACCUUCCGAGUGACAGGGAGAGGGCGAGUAGGAGCUGAUGGAUUGGCAGUGUGGUUUACAGAAGGACAAGGCUUAGAGGGUCCGGUUUUUGGAGCCGCUGAUAACUGGAAUGGUGUUGGCAUCUUCUUUGACUCGUUCGACAAUGAUGCAAAGAAAAACAACCCAGCAGUGAUUGUGGUUGGAAACAAUGGCAAGCUCAAUUAUGACCAUCAAAAUGAUGGUUCUACACAGUCGUUGGCAUCAUGUCAAAGAGAUUUUCGUAACAAGCCUUAUCCUGUCCGAGCGAAGAUCACAUUCUACCAAAAGACACUGAGUGUAUUUAUAAACAACGGCUUUACUCCAGACAAGGAAGACUAUGAAUUUUGUGCCAAAGUAGACAACAUGGUGGUACCUUCUCAGGGAUACUUUGGGAUCUCCGCAGCAACUGGUGGUCUUGCAGAUGACCAUGAUGUCUUGUCUUUCCUGACUUUCCAGUUGACGGAGCCUGGCAAAGUAGCGCCUCCUCCCGAUACAGAAAUUCCUGAAAAGGACAAAGAGAAAUAUCAAGAAGAGUUUGAGCAUUUCCAGCAAGAGCUGGACAAAAAGAAGGAGGAGUUUCAGAAGGAGCACCCUGAUGUGCAAGGAGAGCCCACGGAUGAUCUCUUCGAGACAGUGAGUGAUCGUGAGCUGAGGCAAAUCUUUGAAGGCCAAAACCGAAUUCAUCUAGAAAUAAAGCAACUCAACAGGCAAUUGGACAUGAUUCUGGAUGAGCAGAGAAGAUAUGUCUCUGCAAUGACGGAGGAGAUUUCCAAAAGAGGAGCUGGUGUCCCAGGCCAGCAAGGGCAGGUCUCCCAACAAGAACUUAACACGGUUGUGAAAACACAAGAGGAGGUCCUGAAACAAGUCAGUGAAAUGAAGAACUCUAUGGGAGAAACACUGAGGCUCAUCAAUAGCAUCCAGCAUGCUGGCCCUGCUGGCGGGAUUUAUGAAACAACCCAGCACUUCAAUGACAUCAAGGAGCAUCUCCACGUCGUGAAGCGGGACAUCGAACACCUCGUCCAGAGGAACAUGCCAUCCAAUGAAAAACCCAAAUGUCCAGAGUUGCCACAGUUUCCAUCAUGUUUAUCUACAACACACUUCUUCGUAUUUGUAGCAGUCCAAACAGUACUGUUCAUUGGUUACAUCAUGUACAGGAGUCAGCAAGAAGCAGCAGCUAAGAAGUUCUUUUGAUGGCCAGUCUGUGUGCAUUCAGUGUGCGCAUGCAGAGAAUUACACAAGUUGCGAAUGAGGGAGAUGUUAGUGUUCAAAAUGCUUCAAUAUUUUAAAUUAUUGAGUUGGUUUUUUUUUUACUGACUACACUGAAUUCCGGAUAAAAAUGUUGGGAAGUUGACAAUAAUACUGAGCAAAAAUGAGGUGAAUUCUGCCCUUGAUCUUCCAGGAGAGGUUGGAAUAUGCCCCUUACUCCACUGUGAAGAUACUUCCUAAGUAGAGUACUGGAACCGAGGUUUAGCUCAUAGUAAUUAUUACACUCUCUGGUUUUGGGGGGUAAGCAGGAAGAUUUGCUGUAAAAUAUUUGUUACAUAUCUGAAUUUUGUUUAGGGGAGGGAAUAUUAAAAUUGCAUUCCCCUUCUGUUUUAUGGAAAGAGGUUGCAAAACAGUCACUAAUUCUGCGGGCAAUGUCAAUCGAGUAGAGUCACAUUGUUGCAGGUCUACCUUUUUUAAAAAAAGGUGCAGAAACAGUGAUCAGCAGAAGCAUUUAAUAAAGAUGUGUCGAGAGUAGCCUCCAUCAGCCUCCAGAUGUAUUGGACUAUAACUCCCAUCAUCCCUAGCCGGCAUGCCCAUUGGCUGAGGACGAUGAGCUUUGUAGCCCAACACAUCUGGAGGCUUCCAAGUCGGGGAAGAAUUGCUCGACAACAACAGCUCAAUUUUUAAUGGAAUUUUCUUUUGCAUACGGGGGAAAAACAGCUCUACAGAAAAUUGUACCCCUUUCCAGCAUGUUUUUGCUAUACUUCUUUGUACUUCUGACACUGACCAUUCUUUUGUAGAAGUGUUCUUUAAUCUCUCUUCAGCGAAGAGAUCUUACCAUGCACGACUUCAGAAUUUGCCUGACCUGAGAGCACACACAUAGUAUAGUGGUGGUCUCCUUUCAAAACAGUCACUGAGCAUUGUUGCAAACCGUACCGUUGUUGUGAUGAAUCCUUCCGAGCGGCACAGUUGUCUCCAAAGUGUGUUAUAGUUUCAUCGAGGAACAUUGUGUGUAUCCACUGGCAACAUUAUUCCAAAUCGUCCCAUUGCUAAUCCUCUCAUUUUUACUGGACCGACUGCCAAGUACUCUGUGUUCAUCAGCCUUUAUCAUGUAAGCAUACUUAGGGAGAUUCCCAGCUGGAAAAUAUUUCACUCUGCCUUGUUUAAGUCUUGUAAAUUAUCCUUGUAUUGCUGCUGUGAAGAUUUGUUUUUAAUGCCCAUGGAAAUGGUAACUGAUUCGAUCUCCAAUAUCCUUAAAAUUAAAGUCAAAUGUUAUUACAACUCCUCUGAACUGAAAAUUUAUAAAAAAGGCAGCUCUAGUCUACCGUAUUCAGUAUUACACACAUUGAAAGUAUUGUGCCUGAUAACUUUGAGGAACGGAACAAGUCUAUGCAAUAGUAGUCUAUUUCUCAAAUAUAACCUCUCCCGGCUUAACACUGGUAGCAUUAUGUGUGGAAUUGUAGAUGGUAACGGUUUCUCAUCAUUUUUUAUUUACAGCUGCUAAAAAUUAUCUUCUGCUCAAAGUUAACAAUUCGUAAUUCACAAAGUAAGGACAAGUAAAGAGUAGCAUCACCAACCAAAAUUACAGAAGAGGGCAGUUUGCCCACUCAGUUUCACACCAGCAAGUAUUUUUACAGGUGCCUUGGACAAAUUAAUACAAAAAUAAAUAAAUAAAAGAAGAUAGUGUUGUAAAAAUGACCCGGCUCAAGGGCUUCUUAAUGUUGAACUUUUGCCCUCUGGGCUUGCUCCCACCAGCACCAAAGAAGAUGCCACUUCUACUGCAGAAAGACUUUUCAGUGCUUUGUAAGCUGAAAGAACUGAUUCUGUUGCAGUACCCUUCUAGUAAUUACAAACUCGCUUGUAGAGCACACCUGUAUUUUGUUUUGGCAUAAUGUGAAUCUUCCCAGCUGUGAUGCAUUCAAUUUGAAAAUUAAAAUAUUGAAGCAA